AUUCUCGUUUUCACCAUCCAACAUCCAACUUCUUAGCCAACUUCUCAAACUCUCACAAAAUCAAAUCGGCUCCAGCCACAAACAAAAGCAACAGCAACCAGACAAACAAAGUAAUAAUGCACAACAUGAGGAAAUCAGUUAGCUUCGGUGAGAUCUCCGUCUCCGAGUUGAAGGAGGCUGACACUCCCCAGCAGAAUGCCCUUUGGUAUAACAAAGAUGAAAUCAUCUCAAUCCGUAAGAGUGCGAAGAGUGUGUCGGCGACGGAGGAUGGUUGCACCCGAGGCCUGGAACUCACCGAAGAGAAUAUCAAGCGACGACUGCGCCACGUUCAAAGCGUACUGGAACUUCAGGAUGAGCACAGAGAACAAGACCUCGUCGAUGAAAAGGGACUGCAAAGAUAUGCCAGUGCUCUCAGCAAGGAUGAAGCCAAGCAAGCACAACGAAGAGCCUCCCUGGACUCUGUUAACGCUUUCCAGUUGUACAAGGAAGAACAAAAUGAUUCACUUUCCUCUUUCCUGACGGCUGCAUCUGCCGAAGAGUACUCCAAGCCAACUCGCCGAAUGAGCCUCAAGCCAGUCCGCCGUCCCAGCAUGGCCAACAAGUCCAUGCGUCGAAUCAGCACCAUGCCAAAAUUGUCUUCAUGAACACGAAGCACAUCUUCGACACUUACUUUUUUAGGUCAUUAGGGCGCAUCGUGUCUACCAUAGAGCCAAGCAUCAGAAAAGAGCGCUUGUGAGACAAGACGCAAAUAGAAUAGAACAACAGAUAAUACUUUCUAAAGGGAACAUUGCACGUU